AUGGCCUCCCCUAGCGUUGUCGAAAUUGACGUGACCAGAGAGUCCGACGAUGGACUAGCCCCUAGACUCGAGACUGCACCGGAUCUGCUCUACAAUCUUGGCUUUUGCCUCGCCGUCUCUUCGACACGGGAUGUCGCCAGAGUCGUCCUUCCAGCCGAUGCCCCAGGCGGGCCUGCCCUCUCAACCAAUUUGAUCCGUAUCGCCAAUGAAGGGAGCAACGCCUUCCUCGGAGCGUACAAGGACCUCCUAGGCAUCUCAAACUCGUCCGAGGAGCUCUGCCAGAACGGCGGUCUUUUGGACCAGUUGGGCGGUUUGCUCCUCCAUGGUGGCACCAAGUCGUCCAAAAACUUGGUUUACAGCUGGGUUCAGGACUGUGUCAGCAGCUGUUCCGCUGCAGGCGAGAGGACGGCCGGAAACUUCGAUAGUUGGCGAAGCACUGUACACAAAGUUAUGGAGGCAGUAGAUGGCGCCAAGAAACGCGCUCGAAGGGCCACCGAGGGAAAGCUCAAGGAAAACUCGGUCGAAAUAUCCGUGGCGGUGAAUGAGAUCAUCUUCGCAGUUCAGAGACAGGAGGAUAAGUCCAAAGUCUACGAAAAAAUGGCUGGAGAACACGAAGGAUUGCUAUCAGAGCAGCUCGAAGAAUAUCUCUACAACCCCUUUUGGGCCGCCAUAAAGCGCCCGUUCAAAGCCGCUGCCGGCAAUAAAGCCCUCAAUGAAACGGCUAGACUCCGUGCCCAAGCGGAGAGAGACCUCCAUGAGGCGUUUCGAGAGUUGAACGAGCGCAGAAAGACAGAGAUGUCCUUCAAACUAAGGGCAGAGCGUCUCUCCUCGCAGAUCGACGAGUAUUUAAAUGAGGAGGCUAAGCUCGAAGAAAUUAUCACCAUCAUCAGUCAAGUCUGCGAACUUCUCGGAGAUCUCGCUUCGGAUGUCUCGGCCCUCCUCCACACUUUUGCCAAGCUUAGUGAGGAGAUAAAGCGGCUGGUAGACAUACGAAAAAGGAUCGAGAAGCCAGCUGGGAUCAGCCUGGGGUUCACGCGGGUGAACCCGUUCAGAAAGAAGGCCAAGUUCGUCGAGGCCAACAAAAAGGACGAGGCAUACAUGACCCGCCUCUUCUUUCAGCAGGUCAUGAGGAUGAAGCAGGUUUGCCUCGGCAUACACGUCCUGUCCAAGCUAUACGCCAGCAUCAUUAACGACGUCAUAAACUACGGGUUUGCCGAAGCCUUGCGCGCUUCUUAUGACGACCUCGGCCAAGCCUCCACGGCUAUGAUAGUCGCGGGGCGGAAGAAAAGGAUGAAGAAAUGGCACGACCAGGCAAGACUUGUGUGCUCGGAGAGGAAUCGAGAGGCGGCCCGUAGCUUUCAGGAUCAACUCCGAGCCAUGGGGAAUGGCUCGAUGGACCAAAUGCCCCAGUUCGAGAGGACUGCCAGCACCGUUCCGUGGCUAGAAACCCCGUCUCCAAUUGGGCCAGCCACACCUGCGGGCAUGGGCUUAAGGGCAGACUUCAUGGCGACAUUUCCAACGCCCGGUCUAGGCGUUCCCGAGUACCCUCCCGGGACAGCUCGACGGGCCCUUAGCCCCCAACGCCCGCUGUCUCCACAGCCCGCGAUUGAUCCGCGGAUUUACAUGUCCCCGCCAGCAAGCGUAAGACGGCGGGACUCGUUCGACUCUUGA